GACAGUUAUUAAUAACUUUAUUGACUCCAAUCAGUCCAACGAAUUAUUUUCACUAUUGAACUUCAAUUCCGAUUUAUAACUCAUAAGUGCCCGGAGAAUAUAAUUAACUGUUUUACUUAAGAAUCUAUUUUUUACAAACAAAUAAAAGUUGCUAAAAAAUGUUGUGGUAUUUCAUUGGUAUGUCGUUUGUGGGACAGAAGUAUUGCGAGGAAGACCAGGGACUCAAUAAAGACAAAAGUGUUAUAAACACUCAAAAGUGUCAACUCUGUCAACACAACACUCCCGUCAAGAAUCCCGUAUUCACUCGACAAGGAUUGCAGCGAUCGUUAUAUCGCAAUAGUAAGCGAGGCAAGUUUUUCAUUAGGAAUGAGAACUACAGAUCUCUGUGAAUAAAUCUGAC